GUUGCGUCUGAAGGAUUAGUAAGAAGCAUGAUGCAGCAAUCUGUGAAAGGUGAGAGCCUCCCAAAAUGACAGCCGGGACCAGCUGCCACGCCAAUCUUUCCACGUGGCAGGAGGGGAGGCCUCGGCGAACGAGUCGCAGCACAACCCCCAGUUCCCUAAUCGAAGCCGGGCAACCUGGGAGCCGUUUUAGCGCAGGACCCAGCCCGGCCUCGUUUCUCCACGAUUGGCGGAGCCGCGAUAGCGCAAAUACCUCUCCGUCCCCUCAUUGGCUUAGAAUCUCGCCUUUGGAAGGUCUCCCGAUCGAAGAGGAGACUAAGUGCGCAUGCGGAAGCCGGCAUCGAGUCUUCGGUGACUCCCGAGGCGCCCGACGAGAGAUGCGCUGUUCCUUCAAUCUCUGCCUGGAGUCUCUGGGAUGACCGUUGGCGGGUGGGGGGAAGCGAGGCCGGAGCUCUAGCCAAUCUUAGCGUUGGGGGAAGGCAGAGAUGACAAGUGAGAGCUAAAUGCAAAGCGCUCCGAGGACACCAAGCGAAGCAUCUUCAAAGCGAAGGCCGGGCGGGAAGCGCUUGGCUAGCAUGUGAAGAGGCAGACUGGAAGUGGCCGCGGGCACACCUGCGUGGGGAGGCGGACGGGAAAGGGGGCGGCGCGUGUAGCGGUCCUGCUUGCGGUAGACAAGGGAGGUUCCUAGCAGGGGUCCGCCGGCAGGUAGGCUUUGGCGGGGCGAAGGCCUCAGGUCGGGGGAGCGAGAAUGGGCGGCGAGGAAACGGAGAUGGCCGAGCCCGGGGAAAGCGGCGAGGUUGGGGAGGAAUCCACGGUGCCUGCCCUCCAGCCCAACGGAUACCUGGCCGGUAAAGAGCCGGACAACGGUGGGAGCUGCCUGCCUUUGGUGACCGAGAAGGAUAGGGAGGUUGUUGGAAGAAGCGCCGUUUCCUUUGCUGAUCUCGAGAAGUACCCAGAAGCGGAGGCGAUGCUGUCUGACUGUACCGUGGAGGUAAAGCUGACCCCUCGGCUUUCCAAACGGAGGCUGGUGGUGCUGGCCGUGUUCAGCUGCUAUUCGCUAGUAAAUGCCUUCCAGUGGAUCCAGUACAGUAUAUUGACCAGUGUCUUCACUCGCUACUAUAAUGUUUCUUCUUCUGAAAUUGACUGGCUCUCCAUAUCAUAUAUGGUGGCAUACGUGCCUCUCAUAUUUCCGGCCACUUGGUUGCUGGACACGCAUGGCCUCCGUCUCACUGCCUGGCUGGGAUCGGGACUCAAUUGCUUGGGGGCCUGGAUUAAGUGUACCAGCGUCCAGCCAAAUCUCUAUCUGGUCACUCUGCUGGCUCAGAUUGUGUGUUCCGUAGCCCAAGUCUUCAUUUUGGGUUUGCCCUCCCGCAUUGCUUCUGUUUGGUUUGGACCCAAGGAAGUGUCCACGGCUUGUGCUGUAGCUGUUCUGGGCAAUCAGCUAGGCACAGCAAUUGGCUUUUUACUGCCUCCAGUUUUAGUUCCAAACACAUAUGAUGACCUGGAUCUUAUGGGACAUAAUAUCAGCAUAAUGUUCUAUGGUACAGCAGGAGUAUCUACUUUCCUCUUUUUAUUAACAGCGGUUGUGUUUAAGGAAAAACCCAAAUAUCCUCCAAGUCAGUCUCAGGCUGUUCUCCUAGAUCCAUCUCCAAAAGAUUACUCCUAUAAACAAUCAAUACUCAAUUUGUUCAGAAAUGUUCCUUUUAUUCUUUUGCUGAUAAGCUAUGGAAUUAUGACUGGAGCCUUUUACUCAGUGUCAACUCUACUAAACCAAAUGAUAUUAACUCACUAUGAGGGAGAAGAGAUAAAUGCAGGUAGGAUUGGCCUCACACUUGUGGUAGCUGGAAUGGUUGGCUCUAUUAUUUGUGGCUUAUGGCUGGAUCAUACCAAGACAUACAAUUUCUUUAUGACAGGUUAUCUGCCCCUUGGUUUUGAAUUUGCUGUGGAAAUUACAUACCCAGAAUCAGAAGGCACUUCAUCAGGGCUUUUGAAUGCUUCAGCACAGAUAUUUGGGAUCGUCUUUACAUUGAUCCAAGGGAAGCUUACAACAGUUUACGAUCCUCGUGCUGGAAAUAUUUUUCUCUCUGUGUGGAUGUUUAUAGGUAUCAUUUUAACAGCUUUAAUUAAAUCUGAUUUGCGAAGGCACAAUAUAAAUGCAGGCAUUGUAACUAUGGACAUUAAAUCUAUACCCACUGACAGUCCUAUUGGAGAUGAACAAAACAAAACAUCAAAAAACCAGUCAGAAUCAAAAAUGAAAAAUGAAAAAACACUAGACUCACAAUUGGCAGCUCUAUUAUAAUAAAAGAAUCUUAAUGGAGAAUCACAAGAACUAUAAGCCUAAAAGUUGUGCUGAAUGGCAGCAGUUAGCAAUGAUUGUAUACUAGAUAAAGGAAAGAUUUGUAUACACUUAAUGAACACAUUUUAACUUUAAAAUGGUAAUUUUCAACAAUUGUUUUACAUUUCAGUGAUAAAAUUCCCAGGAAACCUUCCAUUUUUAUUUGGAAAUUGUGCACUUUCAUAAAAUACAUUAUGCUGUAAAUGAUAAAUUAGAAUCUCCUUUAUCAAAAUCUGUGCCACUAGCUAAUCUACACUUGGAAUUCUCAUAUAGAAUGUGUGCAGUGAGCAGUUUGAAAUCAAUGAAAUAUGUGUUUUAACUUGUUUUUAUUUGAAAUAUUCAAAACUGCCCUUCCUAUAGGAGGGCAUUGUCUUUAGCACAAUAGACAGUAUAAAAAAUUCAUUUUUUUGGAUGUGAUAUACUGUAAAUCCUGGAUUUUGCCAUUUUUUUUGGCUUUGAAAGAAUUGUGGUUUAUGAAAACUCUGUUUUGAAACACAAAUGAGUGAAUAGUAAACCCUCAAUUUCCAAGAAGUAUUUUAUAUUCUAAGUUAUUGAAGAUGAAGGCCUUCUGAAUUUUUGAUCAGAGAACUAGAUAUUCAUGAUUCCUGGAUUUUUUUUACAUUCUGAAAAUGAACAUAACAUUCUUUUGUAUUAUGUGAAUCACAAAGUAUCAUACAAAGGCCUAUGCAUGCCGUUGUGUUCUUUGGAUCAAUUUUGUGAAUUUGUGAAAAGUAAAUGAAGAUAAUUUUUGGCAAAUAAAUAUAAUAAAAUAAGGUAGAGCUCACAAUGGACUCCCUACUAUUACAUUAGUUAGGAAUGUAUGUAGAUUUAAAAUAACUCUACUGCUUAACAAAAUGUGGAUUUACAUGAUAUGGAAAAUUGCCAGUGAGAGUUUUCAGCCUAUUAGUUUGACAAGUAUGACAAUAUUUUGUGUACAUUUAAGAAGAAUUACCAUAUGUUAAAUGUUCUCAUCAUGUCCUUUGGCUUACCUGAAAGUAAAUCAAGAUAAACCUUUAGAUCUUUUUCACCUUUAGAAGAAGGGUGAAAGUGAAUGGCUUGCUGCUUUGCUGAGUCCACUGGUCCUGAUGUUCUUUUUUUACAAAUGAGUAAGCAUGGUAAUAAUAAGUCUUCAUUUUCACAUGAGGAAUAAAUGUUGCUUCAAGACUAACAUAGUAUAUGUGCAUUUGUGCCUAAUAAUUUAUAAGGAAAAGCAUAAUCAAAUCACAUUUCUACCCCAGAUAUCAAAAAAACCUAAAUCUAUCCUCUUUAAAAUUUAUAGGAUGAAAAGUACUUAAAUUUCGCUAAAUCAUACCAAUAUUUACAACUAUCAGUAUUUAUCAAAAUGGCCAACAUAUGGUAGCAUUAGAAAUAUUUACUAUUCUUUUCUGCAUUCUUCUUUAGUGAGACAAAUGGAACAAUUAUCCCAAACUCCUAAAUAACUAUUCUGUUAUUCAACUGUAGGAAUUUAGCACCCACCCCCCUCCUAGUAGAAUGGAAUAUUUUAGAAAAUAUUUAAAAAGGCAGAAUAUAUUUCCCUGGAUGAGAAAUGGAGAAACAUGUUUUAAAGUCAAAGCAACUUCCUGCCACCCCCCACCUUUGUUAAUGGGCCAUCAUCUGCAUCAUAAUAGAACCCAUUUAGCAACUCAAACUCACCACAUGGCACCUGAGAAGAUUACAUCAGCCAGCAAGGCUAGCUAAGACCCCCACCCCCUGUGAGUCUGACAGCCAAUCAGGGUACUCUUCCUGUGCCCCAGAAAGUUCAAAGCUCAGAAAAAGCAUAAAGCCAGGGAGCGCACAGGAUCUCAGCCCUUUUCUGUUCAGGAACUCAAGCCAUGUGAUCCUGACCACCAUUAAACCAUCUUUCCAAGCAGCCUCCAUGUUUCCAGUGUCUUUGUCCCCACUUGGAACUGAACCCAGAUGGAUAUUUCUUCCAACAAUUGGCACCCACAGAUGGGACUCCAAGCUAACCUAACCAAUGGACCUGGCCCAGGUAAGCCUCCCUUGCUAGCAGCAGACCCAUUGAGUCUGUGGGUAAGUUUUCCUGGACCUUGGCCAUUUGGAACUAGGUUUUAAAGGGGUUUUGAGUGUUGAGCUCAAAGACUGCUUGGAAAGAAGGUGAGUACCUCUAAAUUUUAAUUUUAAAGCAUGGAAAAGCAUGGGAAAUAUGUGUAUGCCUGCAUGUGUGUGAAUGAGAGAGCCCUUCUCCCAAUCACAGCUGGAUCUUGCUUCCUCUGUGCAUUUCCUAACCGCAGAAAGACCAAAUGUCUGGAGAGCAUGGGGUUUUUGCCAGAGCACAGGACCUUCUGUUAGGGAAGGAGGAAGUGUGUGUGUGGGAUUCCACCUGGGGAAACAGUCUGAUUCCACCUCUUUGAGCAACCUCUAGCCGCACCUCUACCUACUGCUAGCUCCACCGAGCCGUGACUGGUAGGCUAGGGAAAGCAAGGGGGGGAAGCCAAAUGUGGAACUUUGUGUUUUCAAGGAACGGAAGCUGAAUGAAAGGAAAAGAAGUGUGAAGGGGAAAAAAAGAAAUAUAUAGGAACUAUUGGUGUAUCUAAAAAGGAAAGCAAAGCCUAAAGUGGUGCAUGUAGAGUGAGAAGAGGUGCUCGUACCUGCUGUAGGGGCAGCAAGGUCCUCCGGGAUCACUAUUUUUUUUUAUUGGUGAUCUUCAAAUAAGAGUUCCCUUAAGGAAGGGGACCAUACUUCGACAGAAGGGAGUCUGAGUCCUUCGCGGAUACCUUUUUUUCCGAAACUGCGGGAGUACCCGGCUAUGACAAAGUGAGCCUCACAUUCCGAGGAUCAUGGGAAGCGUAAGCUCGAGGGUAGAGGGAAAUCCCCUGAGAGACAUGCUUGGGGCCUGGGACGCCAGGCAGGUGCCAGUGUUGACUGGCAUGUGAGAAUAGAAAUUGAAGAAAUUGUGUAAAAAAAUGGGCUUUGCUAAGAGAUAACACCAGGAAGACAAAUUUGGCUAAAUAAAGGUACUUAAAAGAAAAGGGAAAUAUAUAAAUAGGAAUGUUUGGGUUUUUGUUUUGUUUGUUUUGUUUGUUUGUUUGUCUCUUUCUCUGUCUUCUAUGGAACCACGUGGUCUGUCUGUUAAGAUUUGUGCCUUCCCUAAUUUAACUGAGAUUUAUGGCGGGAAUGAUCAGUGUGUGUGUAAAUCUCAGAGUUUUGUUUUCCUCUCUUUGUCCUUGUUUUUUAUGUGUGUAUGUCUGUCUUUGUGGGCCCUUGAGGUAACUGUAACUGUAAAAUGUAUCUGAUCUCUAGAGACAAUAAUUUUAAAUCGUUAGGGAAAAAGAAAAACAAAAGGUUGAAGCAAUGAAAAUGGGGAAGAGAAAAAAAAAAGGAAAGAGCCUUUGCCCUGUCUUUGUCCGGCCAACAAAACAGUAAAAAGGACUUUUCAUCCUAUUUCUGUUUUUUCCCCCCUCCUUCUCUCUUUUUAUCUUAAAGUAACAACUCAAGUUUAUAAGGAAACGUUUUAAGUUCACUUACAAGAGAAAAAAAAAAUUCAGUCUUGCAUUUACUGUGUGUUUAAAUGAUUUUACCUGUUCCUGAAGCAUGUGAAUCCAGUUUUUUCUUUCUCAUCAGUUGUUGAAACUGCAUUAUCUUUUAGUAACUGCAAUAUUGAUGUGUUGUUUCUUUUCAAACUCUGCCUGCAAGAUAUCUACCCCCCCUUUUUUUUAAUCCUGUUACAAUGCCUUUCCUGAGAAGAUUACCCACAAAAGUGGGGAGGAGAUUCUGUUCUAAUGUCUUUCAGCCCUGAAAAGAUGCUGCCCCCAGAGGAGACCUUCCAUUUGUUGGAGCCAGGAAUUGAGUUUGAAUCCAGCCCCCACUGAAAGUCAUCACAGCAACCAGAGUGGAGCAGACCUUCCAAGCCUGACUAACCAGCCUUAUUACCAAGCAUGCUACCCAGCAGACAUGAAAGAAAGGACCCUGAGAUAUACAAAUAAAGACUAAAAGACUUUUCAAUCCCCAGAAGACAACUGGAAAGACCAUGGGGGAGGGUGGAAAAUUC